AUGAGGACAGAUCAGAAGUUGUCCUCUUUGUCCCGCUUCCAGCUGGUUCAGAACACUGCUGCCAUGCUCCUCACAGCCCUUAAUGGUCUGGCCCCAUCCUACAUCUCAGACCUUCUAACCCCCUAUUCUACCCCCAGGUCCCUCAGGUCAGCUGACCUGGGGCUCCUGGCUGUCCCACGCUCCAGACUUAAGCUCAGGGCAUUCUCUGCUCCUCCUCCUGUGUCCCCUCUUUCACCUCCUCCUUGUGCCUCCUCUUCCCCCUCUGCUCCUUCUAUAGCUCCUCCUCCUCCCUGUGCCUCCUCUCCCUCCUCUGCUCCUUCUCUAAUUCCUCUUCCUCCUGUGGCCCUCCUUCGCCCUCCUCCAUCUUCUGUCCCACCUGCUUCUCUUUUUCCUUGUGCUCCCUCCUCGUGUCCUCCUCUUCCUCCCGUCUCCUUUGAUCCUUGCACUCCUCCUAAUUCUUCCUCCUUUUCUCCUCUUCCCUCUUCAUCUCCUCCUCUUCCUCCUUCCCUCCUUCCCUCACCUCCUGCCCCUCGUUCUGUCCCUUCUACUCCUUUUAUUUCACCUCCUCUUGUUGCUUCUUUUUUUCUUCGUCCUCCUUGUUCUUACCCUUCUCCUCUUUCUUCAUCAUCCUCCUCCACCACUCCUGUCUCCUCCCUUCCUCCUCCUCCUCCUUCCCAUUUGUCUUGUCUUUCUUCUUCAUCUCCUCCUGUCCCUUUGUUCCUCCAUCCCUCACCUCCUCAUUCUGUUUCUGUCUCUCCCUCUCCUCCUUGUUCUUCUGCUCCUCCUCUUCCUCUCCUUUAUCACCACUCUACUCCUCUUGUUUCUCCUCCACUCCCUCCUCCACCUCCUCCUGACUUUUUUACUCCUUACACUUCUGCCAUUUGUUCUCCUCUUUCUCCAUCCUCUUCUCCUGUCUCCCUGUCUCCUUCUCCUCCUCUUUCUUCUGUUCCUGUAGCUCCGUCUCUUCCUCCUCCUCCUCCUCCUCCUUCUCCCUGCUGCCCCUGCUCCUCCCUCCUGCCUCGCCUCCUCUCAGCUCACCGGUUGGAGGUGCGGCGCCUCCUGCGAGGAGCUCUGGCCUCCCUCGGCCGUCGUCUGGACUCUCUAGAGAGGAGGAGCAGGAGGAAGAGGAGGAAUAAGUGGAGCAGACAGAGAGGAGAAGAAGACGGAGCUGGUUUGGGAGCUGUCUCAUUUAGCUCCGCCCCCUCCCAUAGCCCCACCCACCCCCCACAUGUCACCACCUCCUCCUCAUCAUCCUCCUCAGACAGCGAGGACUCUCACACAUAUUCUAGUGUGAGCCUAUCAGAACAGAGGAGGAGGAGCAGAGGAGAGGAUGAGGAUGUGGAGGGGGGGGGGAGGAAGAGGAGAAGGAAGAACCACAAAGAAAACAGAGAAGAAGAAGAUGAGGAGAAGGAUGCUGGGAGAUUUGUGGGGCGGAUGGCGGUCUCCUUCAGAGGAGGACGAGGAGCAGAGGAGGAAGCGCUGCUCACUCUGCACAAAUUCAACCACAAGAAACACAGAAGAGAGGAGGGAGGAAGCAGCCAAUCAGAGAAGGCUGUCAGUAUCGUCAGGCAGAAUGGUUACAGAGUGCCACUGCUGUUGCUGCCACACAGCGUCUCCGGCUCCUCCUCCCAGCAGGCCCUGCACCUGCUGCAGUCAGCCCAGAGGGGUCAGACCUGUAGCCAAUCAGAAGCAUUCGACAUCUCUUCAGGCCAGUGGCGUUUCUCUGACAUCACCGCACCUCUCUCCUUCUUCUCCAAUCCCCAUGCUUUUCACUUAUGGCACCUAGGCUUCUCCUCCACCUCCACCUUUAGUCCCAUCCCCAUCCUGCGUCUCUCAGCAGUUGCCGUGGAGACCAUGUCAGAAUCAGUGAGGGGUGGAGCUUGUGUGAGUCCCCUGCGGCCCCUGAAGGACUGGACGGCCCCGCCCAGUCUGAGCAGUGACCACUGUUACGUGCGGUCGCCGAUACCCAGCCCCACAUUUUCUGCCCGGCGACAGCAGAAGCAACGGGCCAAUCACAGGUCGUUCCGACUUCGCCUCCCCCGUCUACAGCCCCUCCCCCUCCGUUCAGCCAAUGGACUGUCUGCUCCGCUUGCCAUUGGCCAAUCAGCAGUGAGCUCAGAGUUUCUCAGCGUAAAUGGAGAGAGUUGUAAACGAGUUUCACAGAUCCGAAUCCGCCGGGCUUCACCGCGGGAAACGCUGCUCACUCCGAUGGGACUGCCAAAAGUCAAAAGGUUAAAGAAGAAAGAGUUCAGUCUGGAGGAGAUUUACACCAACAAGAACUACAAAUCCCCCACUACCAAAAGGAGUCUGGAGACGAUCUUCGAGGAGCCACGUGAGAAGGAUGGAGCGCUGCUCUUGAUUGGCCAGCAGAGGAGGCGCAGGCUCCUCCUCUUCCCUGACUUCACUCAGCCCAGGAAAAGGAAGAGGCCUCAAGGGGCGGGACUUCCUGUUGCUAUGGUACCCAGGAAACGGGCAGCGGCCCGGAGACAUUGCCACGGUGCUGGUGAUGACGAGUCAGACCUGGACGUGAUGCUGGUGGAGCGACUGAGUGCGCUUGAAGACUUCCUGACACGUCAAGGCCUGGACGUGUGAGCUGUGACAUCACUUCCUGUCAGCUGACUAUAGGCCAAAUAAACAGAGCUGCUAGCAUGGCUGCUACCGCUGGUUACCAUGGUAAUGCAGUCAGCCCGUCAGUCUGAUGUAGCGGGGUUUGUUUUUAUUUUUUGCAGUGUUUUGAUUUGUUUUAGUUUGGAGUUUUUUACAGUGUCACUGAUUAAUGUGAAUUUACUGUCAGGAGGCCACGCCCACUGCACGGCUCAGGUGGCUUCACCUGUCAGGAGGCCACGCCCACUGCACGGCUCAGGUGGCUUCACCUGUCAGGAGGCCACGCCCACUGCACGGCUCAGGUGGCUUCACCUGUCAUUUCCUCUUUUGUUUUAUAAAGACUUCUCUGUAGUACUGUGAGUUUUUAAAGUGUAAUAUAUAUUUCUGCUGAAAAUGGGUCUAUUUUUGGAACAAAUAAAGUUUGUUUCUGCUCACUGA